AUGCAGCUUGCUUCACCUGCCAUCUUAACAGCAUUAUGGCUCCUUGCGUGGCAUAGUGGAACCCAAGCUACUUCCAGAGUACCCUCUUUUGGGGUGAAGCUGUGCGGGAGAGAGUUCAUACGAGCAGUCAUCUUUACUUGUGGGGGGUCACGUUGGAGAAGAAAUGAAGCCAUCCAGACAGAAGACCCAGCAGAGUUAAUCGGCAGCCUGGUUCCUACAGAUGUGGAUUCUGAAGAAAUGUUAAGUGAGUGGGCCAGCAGCCUACGUAUCCACAACAGUGAACUAAUGGACUAUGGAGCCUCCCAGGGCUGGAGAGACCUUUCUGGGAUCAGGCGUGGAGUGGGAGCUGCAGCCGAGGACCCCUUGCGUGGAGUUGAAAGAAGGGGAAGGGAGGCAGCAUUGGGUCUGUCUAACACAUGUUGCAAAUGGGGAUGCAGUAAAAGUCAAAUUAGUUCUCUUUGUUGAGACAGAGGCCAGCUAAAUGAUUAAAUAGAGGUGGCAACAUUUACUGGGAUAUUCAUUUAUGUCAGAUGUAUAGCAACACUUGUGUGUGAUGGGAUAACUGACUCACUUGUUCUAAAAUACAUUUCAAUCUAAUACUCUAA